AUGGCUGCGAGGCUAUUGUCUCGUUAUACAUGGGCAAGACGCCCCUUCAUCGUCGGCGCCCCGAUGAGAGUGAUGUCGGGGCCAGCACUGGCCGUGGCUGUGUCUCGCGCAGGCGGUUUGGGAUUCAUCGGGCCCAGUGUCAAGACACAAGACAUGAGGGCAGAUCUCGAAGAGGCAUCGAAACUGCUAAGGGAAACCUGCUGCUCCUCUUCAUCAUCCUCCUCCACAUCCUCAGCGUUGCCCUCGACAGACUCUCGUCUCCCUAUCGGCGUGGGCUUCCAGCUGUGGGCAGAUGACAUCAAUGUAGCUAUUGAUCACAUCGAGAAAUUCAGGCCAUGUGCUGCCUGGCUGUAUGCACCCCAAGAGGGACCAGGAGAGCUGGCAGACUGGUCGCGCAGGAUCCGCAGUGCGGCGCCUGGGAUCCAGAUCUGGGUUCAGAUUGGCACGCUGGGAGAGGCAAAGCAGCUGCUGGCCCUUUCGGAGCUGCCAGACGUCGUUGUCGUCCAGGGCGCAGAGGCGGGCGGUCACGGCCGGGCGAGGGAUGGGAUGGGCCUGGUGACACUGUUCCCUGAAGUGGCGGAUGCCAUGGCGGGCAGCCACAUCCCCCUGCUCGCAGCAGGCGGUAUCGCGGAUGCGCGCGGUGUUGCGGCGGUGCUGGGCCUGGGAGCAGCUGGCGCGGUGAUGGGCACCCGGUUCCUGGCGAGUCACGAGGCGCGCGUCAGCCGGGGGUAUCAGGACGAGGUUGUACGAGCCUCUGAUGGUGCUCGCUCGACGACACGGACACGGCUCUACAAUCACCUGCGGGGUACCUUUGGCUGGCCGCCAGAGUACAGCCCGAGGACCAUCAUCAACAGGUCAUUCGUCGAGCACCAGGAUGGCGUCGCAUUCGAGGAGCUGAAGAAACGGCAUGACGAGGCUCAGAAGAUGGGGGACAGCGGCUGGGGGCCGGAAGGAAGGCUUGCUACCUAUGCUGGAGCCUCUGUGGGGCUCAUCCAUGAGGUCAAGGGAGCAGGUGAAAUCAUCCGAGAGGUGCAACAAGACACCCUGCGGAAGAUCCGGCUGCUGAAUUCCGAGGGGAAGUAG